CUGUUGGGGGAUUUUGGGUUGGGAUAACAAAGGGGCCGUGGCCGUGGGCUUAAAGCGGCCUUUAGUGUUUCCACAAUUUCCAUCAAUUGUCUCAAACCCAUCGCUGCGCUUCUCGUGCAGCCAUUCCUGCGAUCUCUGUAACAUUCAGUCAGUGUCAACCAUUUAUUGAACAACGUAGCCUGAGCUUGCGACUCGAAAUGGUGCUAACCUCUGAAACGCCGCCAGUGCCAGUUUGCGUUGUCAAAAACAGGGAAUGAAAAAAUAGUAGGACUCUCCUAUUUAAGGUCUUAAAACAUUUAUAGUUUCGUGAAAGUUUGCAAUAUUUGCCGUUCUGCAGUGUUUCCAGGCUUUUAGAUGAGUUGUCAGUACUGUCAGUAUUUUAUCUGGUACACAUAAACUGGUUCUUUGCACAGUCAUUGCUGAGCAUAAAUCUUCACAAUGUCAGCAAAGGAUAAGGACAAUAAACCGCUGCGGCGGUUGAAGCAGUUUUUUGGAAUUAAAGGAAUUGCAACUUUAAAAAGUCGUCAGGAUUUCAUAUUAGCUGCUGAUGUGGAAGCUCAGCUGCGCAAAGACAAUAAUAUGAACCAAAGGAUAAGAGUCCUCAGAGAUUUGUGUGAAGCUGUCAAGGAGAACAGUGUUGAAUAUGGUGAUAUGGAGAAACUAAGGUUGCUAAUUGAAGAUUUAUUUUACCCCGAUACACCUCGUGAAUAUCGGCAACAAGGCUAUGCUUUCUAUCGGUGCCUCAUUGCUGGUCAAUAUGAUAGAUUACAUAAAAUGAGAUUACAUAUUUUUGACAUAAUCAGAAACAAUGAUAAAAACAAUGAUGUACAGGAAGAUGUUGCUAGCAGAUUGGAUUUGCUGAAUGCAUUGACAGACAAUGGCAAAGUUAUUGAACAUCUUGAAGAAAAAAUGGGUCACUUUUUAUUAUCUUGGAUGCCAUCUGUUGUAUCUGCCAGCAAAACUGAAGAGUUUUUAGGUCUUCUGGUGAAUGUUGUUAAAUACAAUGCUGCCUACAUGGAUGAUGAUGUCAUCAUGUUACUCGUGCAGCAUGUGUGCUUUCUGUGUUGCUGGGUCUGCUCUAGAAAUGUUGUGAUGGGAUGCCUUCAAGUGCUAGACACUGUGGUCCGAUAUUCAAAUCUUCCUUCGGAGUCAUUGCUAGAUUUUGUUAGUGCCUUAUGUCGUACUGUAAACAUUGAAGCUUACUGUCAGGAAAGCUGGAAGAUAAUGAGGAAUCUUCUUGGUACUCACAUGGGCCAUGCAGCUCUUUACACAAUGUGUAGCAUUCUCCAGAAUAAGGAAUAUCAGGGGGAUUCUGGUCUCAUGCGAGGAGCUGUCUUCUACAUAAACAUGGGUUUGUGGGGCAAUAAACGAGUCCCCACAUUAGUGUGCACAGAGACAUCAGUUCUCCCAUCAUUACUCCAGGCUGCAUCUGCUGGAAAGUCAGUAGUUGUGUAUGAGGUCAUGCUAAGUUGUCAGCGUCUGGUAAACAAAUAUGGUGUAGAGCUUCAGGAUCCUGCUUGGGAUUUGUUGCUCUCAAUUCUUGAAGCUGUUGUGAAAUACAUAGAGGCUGCAGAGGUGUCACCGCAACCAUCUUCCUACAAUACAGCACUAGUAGGCAAGCACUUACAUGAAACCCUAUGCACUGUAGAAACUUUAUAUGAACUUGGUCAGUUCCAAGGCUCUGCACGACGUGUGUUUGAAUUGAUUGAGAGGUGUUCCCCUCACAGACCUGAAAGCUCAGUAAUGAGAUUGGUAACAUAUCUUGCAAGUUCGGUUGAACCUACACGCCACAAAUGGCUCGCAAAACUGCAUGCACUUCUCGAAAAGUUUUUCCGAUCUGAAACAAGAACAAACAUUCGUGUCAAAGUGCUUCGUGUUCUUGACAAAGUCAUUCAAACUAACAGAGCUGCCUAUGAAGAUGAACUGAUUGAGCAAGCCGUUGUUCCAUUCCUUGCUCAUAUUGAUCAAGACCAAGAUGUGGCAGUAAGGAACGCAGGUGCUGCCCUUCUCAUAGAUCUUUGUCUGCAGUGUGACACAAAAAGAUGUCUUGAGCUUUUGGACAUUUUGGAAAAGCUUCUGAACCGUCCAUUUGAAGCAGGAAAUGACCUUGAAAUAGCUGAUACACUCACUGUUGCAAAAGGCGUUGUCCACAUAUUUGUUGCUAAAAUGUAUCAAUUACCUUCAGCCCAUGCUAUUCACGCUUACAAAAUACUUGUGAAUCACCUGGAUUCCUAUUACCGGUCUCCUCCGGUAUUAGAGAACCACUCCUCUAUUCGUCAUGUAAUCUUUGAAUGCUUUCUGAGUAUUCGGGCUAACUCUGCCUACCAACUGGGUUACCCUGGUGGAAUGAAAGCGGAGCUGGGCAAGCCGCUGAUUUUCAGCCCCUACCUUGGAGUGGAUCACAAGCAUGGUGAAAGGACGGGAGGAGCGUCCUCUCCGCCUCCGGUGAGCCCGGCCCCAACAGCCCAUGUGCCAUGCGUGUUCACAGCAUUGUCCUUGACUCAUGCCUGUAAGGCAGUCAUCAGCGGACUGAAAAAUGAGAGAGAUUGGAAAGUUCUUCAUCUUAUUUUGACACAAGUGCCUGAAGUAAUGAAAAAUAAGGCAUUGAUCCUAUCUCGUCAUGCUAAUGACAUUGACCUGAUGGCAGCAUCCCUAUGCUCCAUAGUGAGCACAAUGCUAAAUGACAGAAACUUGCCUGAUUCACUCCGUAACACACCCGGUCAGAGAUUCCAGAGAUCUGAGUUCCUCAGCUUCCUGUACCCAGUUUUAGCAUCUCUGGCUUCAUAUCAUAAUCAUCUGGAGCCAAAUUAUCAACGCCGGCUUAUAUGCUCUCUUGAAUGUGGUCUUCAAUCUCGAUGUGCUGCUCAAGUUGUCUCAGCUUUAACUACAUGUACACUGGAAAUGAAAGAUGCAAUGUACAAACUGCUCCCUGAAGUCUUAUUGAACCUCUCCAAAAUAUCAGACACAGUUACAAUUGCUCUGCCUAUUCUUUCAUUCUUAUCAACAUUGACCAGGCUUCCUAAAGUUUUUGCAAGUUUUGUUGGUGACCAGUACAUGUCAGUGCUAGCCAUCUCAUUGCCUUACAGCAAUCCAUUUAAGUAUAACCACUUCAUUGUGUCUUUGGCUCAUCAUGUCAUAGCAGUGUGGUUCUUGAAAUGUAGGCUGCCAUUCAGGAAGGACUUUGUCAAGUUUAUCACCACGGGGUUGAAAGCAAAUGUAUCACGCAUGCCAUUAGAUGAAGGACCAAUGUUGAGGCAAGAUCCUUUAAAGUUAGAUCUCUUGAAUGAGGAUUCAUCCAGUAGAAAACGAAGUUCAUCUUUGACUGAACAGGGAAGUCGAAGGCGCACAACUGGAUCGAGAUUGGAUACUCGCCAGCUGGAUUUAAAACCAGCUGAUGAAUCACUUACAUUAUUUCACAUGGAGCUUACUGAAACUUGUAUUGAUUUAAUGGCCAGAUAUACAUUCUCAACAUGUGCGGCUAUGCCUAAAAGAUUGCCAGCAGUGCAGAGUCUACUCAGUGGCGGCCAGUCGAUGACGUGGCUCGUUGGUAACAGACUGAUUACUGUUACCACAAGUGGUUGCAACCAGAAGGUGAAGCGUGAUGGGCUGUGCGAUAAAUGCCUCUCAUCAUGUCGUGUUGAAUCUGAUCCUGCUACCCCCACGGAAAGUUCAACCAAUGACUUGUCGGGCAGCAGUUCCACAAGGGCUGACCAACAAGGCAAAGCUUCUCUUCAGCGAAGUAAUAGUGUUGAUGUCACAGCAACUUUGAGCCGAGAUGAAAAGUCCUCAGGAAGUGCGGCAGCUUCCUCAUCUGCGGGCGGCUCAAUCCGCAACUUGCCUCUUCUUGUUCAGGUUCCACAAGGCAGCUCAAAUAACUUGGCACCUAAUGUUAACUCUCCUACUGAUGAGCAGAGGAGACUUUCUGGUUCUCUUGAAACUAUGGACACAGAAUCAAGUAAACUGGACCAGCUAAUUCAAGGGGUUGAACGCAUUGAGCUACAGGACAAAUUGCAGUGUGCUUGUUGGUGCAAUGGUUGGGCUGAAAUAUAUGUUCGCAGACCCACAGGUGAUAUGUCAUGGGUCAUGAGAAUUCAGAACCAAAAUAGUUCUUUGGAUAUGUCAGAUGUACCAACAAUAUUUUUGCCUUCAUUAAUUAAACGUGAUAGUUCUGGAGCUGCCUUUCUGGGUCAGCCUGACAAAAUUGGAAUAGAUGAAUCAGCUAUGCCUCCCACUGAUGAAAACCCUAGCAGUAAUGUGCCAACAACCCAGCCUGUCUUGUCAGAACCUGUGAACAUCCCAGCUUCCCCUGUGCGCAGAAGCCCAUCUAGACAGAGUUCUCGAGAUAGCUUAGAUGAAGAAGAGGAAGAGGAGGGAGACCCAGAGACUGAGAUAGAUGAUGGCAGUGGGCGUGCAAGAAACCCAGUACGCAGGUCUAAUUCAAGUCCAGAAAUGAGUGCUGGAUGGAGAAAUCCGUUUUUGUCAUCUUCUGCAGCUGAUAGAGAGAAAAUGGAAAAAAUGACUAAACCAUCAUAUUCUAAGGAUUUGAGGGCCAAUUGUGAAGCUAUACCUGAGGAGAUUGCUGGAUUAGGAACCACUCCACCAUCCACCUCUCCCAUCGUCCCUCGCUUCCCAAUCAAUGAAGCGAGUCAGAAAACUUUACCUCAGACAAGUGCAGUGACUAUUUCAGACAAUGAUGUCCGAUCUUCUCCAGUUCCAAUUGGCUCUCAAUUGACAAUUGCUUCCAAUGUUUCUUCUAAUGCCUUGACUGUUAUAUCAAACCCGACUACUGUGUCAUCACCAUUGGUAAACUCUUCGAAAGCUGAGGCCUCAUCACAGCCUGCUAGCGCGGCUGGCGCGGGUGGAAUUCAUUCAACUCCACCCCUUCUUCUCCCUUCGACCCUGGCCACAAAGCCCCCCUUAUCUCCGACACAAACACGACAUGCCAAUGACCCUGAAUCAAAAUCUAAAACUGCUAACACAGCUAGCCCAGGCGUUGCUGCCAAGGAGAAAGUUUUGACAAGUGGCAGGUUGUCUAGCGGAAGUGGCAGCAGUAGUGUUGGAGGAAGUACUUCAAGCCUGGACAGUAAAGCAAAUACUGAUCAAUUGCAGUUGCAGCUAGACAGACGCGUUCAACAAACAUCUGCUCCAGCUUCACCAACUACUUCUCAUGCUCAUCAUCUGAGUGCAAGUGCUGAAAGGAUAAAUCGGGAUGAUGGUAGUCUGCGACAGGAUCCAGCUGCUUUGCCACCCUUGUCAUUUAAAAGAGAUAGGGGGCACACUAUCUCCGUAAUGAGUCCAGUACGGAAGCCUAAGCUUGAUUUAGAUGCAAAACGUAAUAAAGCAAAUGCAAACUCCCCAAGAACAAAAGAGAAUUCACAGCGUUCAAGUGUCAAUCCAAAUUUGAUUUUCCUUCAGCUGUUUCACUCAUCUUACUUUGGCAACACAACGGAGAAACCUCUUCUUGUUUCAAAUAGUGCUAUGCUUCAACGAUCUAUCAAAGUGCUGGAUCUCACUCCUCCUUAUGAAACUCAUCAGGUUGGUGUGUUGUAUGUAAGCAGUGGUCAAGUCAACAAUGAACAGGAAAUCUUAAGAAAUACAACUGGGUCCCUAAGAUACACUGAAUUUUUACAAAGAUUAGGGUCUCUUAUCAGCUUGGAAGACCCUGACCCUCAUCUAUUUCUUGGUGGUCUGGACCCAAAUAUAGAUGGCAAAUUUGCUUACUUUUGGCAGGACGAUGUGACACAAGUGUUAUUUCAUGUUGCUACUCUGAUGCCUACCAAGGACAAAGAUCCUUCAUGUAAUGACAAGAAGCGUCACAUUGGAAACAAUUAUGUUACAAUAGUUUUCAAUGAAAGUGGUGAAGACUUCAGUAUACAAACUAUUAAGGGUCAGUUUAGCUACGCAUGUGUAGAAAUUCAGCCCCUGGACCAUGGAUCAAAUCAAGUAACUUUGCGAACUCGAGAUGAGCUGGCUGAGUUAGGUUUGACUGGUGAACCUAGAGUUGUAUCAGAUUUAAAUCUUGGAAUUCUUGCCAGGCAACUUGCUCUUCAUGCUAAUCUUGCAUCUAAAAGUCUUCGAGGAAAGUGUAGUGGCAAUAUCUAUGCCUCCAACUGGCUAGAAAGACUCCGGGCUAUCAAAAGAAUGCGAGCAAAGAUUCUUCAAAAUCUUUCAGAUGAAAACAGUGGCUCAGCCAACCCAACUAAUGGUACCAGCUCAUCUGUUGAAUCGAGCAGCCGCGUACACCGUACUCUGCCCGAUGAUUUUACUGACUACACAUAGACAUAAUCUAUCAAACAACUCGCUUUAAUAUUUUUGUAUGAUCUGCAAGUUCCCUUGAAUAUGAUGAAUGAUUUAUCUUUCUUUUGCUGCCCUUCUAGUCACAAUGGUAUUGUUCCCUUGAACUUAGGUUGAACCUGAAAUUAUGUACCCUCACACACAUGAUAUUGGUGUAUAUUCAUAUGUAUAGUAUAUGUAAAUUUUAUUCAAAUCAGAGCUACUGAUACUUGUUAUUAAUUUGCUUUUUGUAGAUUAUUGUUAUUAACUAUGUGAUCAUCUAUGUACAAAACAUGCUGUUUUCAUUUGUUAAAACUUAUUGUGGAGUGUUUGUCUCGGUGAGACCUUAAAAUUGGCUAGAAACAACCCCUGUUAGUAAAACCCAUGGAACUCUAUUUAUUAAUCUAAACUUGAAUUAUGCCAUGCCUCUAUUUGCAAGCAAGAUAUCUCAUGGGCAUAAAUAUUAUAAAAGACUGAUAAUUGAAGCCUUUCUGAAAUCAUAUAGAAAAGGCAGUUAUUGACUUUUGCUGUGAUUUGUCCCAUUCUCCCCUUUACAAUGAACCAAUUGGAGUAAAGCUUAGAUAUUAUUGGAGAGUAUGCUUCCACCAAACCUAUCGCCUAGAUAUCACAAAACAUGAAUUUUUUUUAACAAAGAAUGUCUCUGAUUAUGGGCAAAAUCUAUUUUUGUUUUGUUGGAUGGACUUUGUGAGUAGUAUUAUUUACCUGUUAAUGUUAAAAUGUCAAAUUUCACAUUAUAUCUCCUUUAUAGCAUGGAAAGUAAGAUAAAAUUUCAACGCACCAUGUUUAGGAAGCCAAAUAAAUACAUGUUCAAUACAUGAAUAUUGUACGUAGGCCUUGCGGGGAUGGUGUUUCGUAUGCUCCUAAUACUUUUCCAGUUUCCUUUUUCAAAUAGGUUUUUGGCAGGAAUUUGUUAUAUUUAUGUAAAUACUACUGUGAUGCUGCAGCUCAGCUACGUUACAGGAAAUGUGAUUUUAGAACCUCUCCCUCAAGGAUGGCGUUGCUAGUAAAUUUACUACUCCUUCAAAAAUUUAUGUAAGCGUGAAUUUAUAGUAGAAUGCUGAAUGGAGAUAAGUGUGCUUCAUGGCCUUUUUGAACAAAGCUCAAGGAAUUCGAUGAGGUAUAAUUCCUCUAAACAGAGUAGGAGAUCUCAUUCAUGUGUGUAAAUGUGUGUCUGGUUUAUGUUGUAUGUGUUCAUUGUAAUUAUUAUUUACUUUACUAUUGA